GGUGGGUCGGAUCGGAGGCGCUUAGAGCCGGCGAGGGGUCGGAAGAUGCUUUCCGAAGCCGCCCGUCGUUUCCUCGCGGCGGGCAGCCGGCCCCAGCCUCGCCGUGCCGUCUCCUCGGGCGACGUGAGGGGGUAGGCGGGGAGGCCGCGCCGGCGGGGAUGGCGGGAGCAGAGAGCGGGAGCGGAGCCUUCUCCAUGUCGUCGGUCGUCGCGGACCGGAGCUUGGUGUUCUGGACGCUGUGCUCCGUCAUCCUGCCCGUGCUGAUCACCCUGUGGUGCAGCUUCCACCGCUCCCGGCGGCAGAUGCUGAUACGUGACAUCUUUUACAAGAGCGAGCACGACUGGCACUACACGGACCUCUUCGGGCAGCCCUCCUACUGCUGCGUGUGCGCUCAGCACGUCCUCAGAGGCACUUUCUGCAGCUGCUGCGGGCUGCGCGUCUGCGAGGGAUGCCUGAAGAAGGCCGACCAGCAUUUCCUCUGCAAGGAAAUCGUGAUGAGGAGCGAAGGUGGAGCCCGCGGCUCUAUGCCGCACCAUUGGAUCAGGGGCAACGUCCCGCUCUGCAGCCACUGCGUGGUGUGCAAGCAGCAGUGCGGCACGCAGCCCAAGCUCUGCGAUUACAGGUGUGUGUGGUGUCAGUGCACUGUCCAUGAUGAAUGCAUGUUGGAUUGUUUAAAGAUUGAGGAGUGCACGUUUGGAGAAUUCAGAGACCUGAUUAUUCCACCCUACUACCUGUCUACAAUCAACCAGAUGCGUAAAGACAGAAGAACUGAUUAUGAAAAGGUGGUCCCUUACUGCAGAGAGCACUGGAUCCCAGUCAUCGUGCUGGCAAACACUCGUAGUGGGAACAACAUGGGAGAGACUUUACUAGGAGAAUUUAAAAUUCUGCUGAACCCUGUUCAGGUUUUUGAUUUAAGCAAAAUUACACCUGCUAAAGCACUCCAACUCUGUUCCUUGCUGCCUUGCAAUGCUGUCAGGGUUCUUGUCUGUGGUGGGGAUGGUACAGUAGGCUGGGUCCUGGAUGCCAUCGAUGAAAUGAAGAUAAAGGGGCAAGAACGCUUUAUCCCACAAGUUGCAAUUUUACCUCUAGGAACAGGUAACGACCUGUCCAAUACACUGGGCUGGGGUGCAGGUUAUGCUGGAGAAGUUCCUGUGGAACAGAUCCUACGAAAUGUGAUGGAGGCAGAUGGAAUCGUGCUGGACAGAUGGAAAGUUCAAGUGACAAGCAAAGGAUACUACAACUUAAGGAAGCCAAAGGUAUUCACAAUGAACAACUACUUUUCUAUAGGACCUGAUGCUCUUAUGGCUCUGAAUUUCCAUGCCCAUCGUGAGAAGACUCCCUCUCUGUUUUCCAGCAGAAUUAUUAAUAAGGCCGUUUAUUUUUUUUAUGGAACCAAAGACUGCUUAGUACAGGAAUGUAAAGAUCUUAACAAGAAAGUUGAGCUAGAGUUGGAUGGUGAGAGAAUCGAGUUACCCAAUUUGGAAGGCAUCAUUGUCCUGAACAUUGGAUACUGGGGAGGUGGCUGUAGGCUCUGGGAAGGAAUGGGUGAUGAACCUUAUCCCUUGGCAAGGCACGAUGAUGGACUUCUGGAAGUUGUUGGAGUUCAUGGUUCCUUCCACUGUGCUCAGAUUCAGGUGAAACUAGCCAAUCCUGUUCGUCUAGGGCAGGCACAUACAGUGAGGCUGAUCUUGAAGAGCUCAAAGAUGCCAAUGCAGGUGGACGGAGAGCCGUGGGCUCAGGGGCCAUGCACUGUUACCAUAACUCAUAAGACACACGCACUGAUGUUGUAUCAUUCGGGUGAACAAACAGACGACGACGCAUCCAGCGUGUCUGAGCAGGAGCACGUGAGAGAGCAGACAGAUGAAGAUGCUUAAAUUCCGUGGGACGCAACAGAACGCAGUAAAGAACUUCGACCCAUUGAAAACACUGAGAAUGCUUGAUCUAGCUUAAGGAUUAUGCUGUAAGGUUCAUACUUGUGAAUUAAUUAGGGUUGAGGAAACCAUGGUUUCACAUUCACGAACAUUUUCGCAGCUGAAUUACCACAACUGUUUUGCCUUUUAGACUGGCAGUGGUACCCAGCCUCUCCAGCUGGAGAAGUUACUGUGAUGGGAGGGAAGGGCCAGAUGCUGCAGUUCUUCCCUGCUGUAGAAUCACAUCUUGUGCACAUAUGCAGUAUUGCAUGCAAAAGGUGUAUACCCUUGGAAAGGAGAACCACUGGGAGUUCAGCCUGCUUGCACCUCUUCUUUUUCCCGGGGACAGUUCCAUAACAGAAAACCAGAAUAGGUAGAAUAUGAGCUGUUUUUUCUGAGGACAGCCUGCACCUGGCUGCCAUCUCUUGGGAGCAGGAUAAAUUCUUUUUGGUGUGCCUGCUUGUGCAGUAACACAUCUUAUAGGUUUGACUGGGAAAGUGGAGGAUGUGGGGGCUCUUGGCAAGGCACUUUGCAAGUAAGAUGUUUUUGGACCAAAGGUUUCUGAGAGGGGUAUGUUAGCAAAUGACUCUGUUAGUGGCUUUGUAAGCCCAAGUACCCAAAACGCAGCUUGGAAAUAGUUGUACCGUGAUUUGCACUGAAUGAUCCUCUGACUGCCUGCUUCAGUUCAGUGAGAGAUUAAUUCUACUUUUUGUAAAUAGCAAUGCAUUUUAGUUCUUAAGGAGGCUUGCUGGAGGAAAACUUGACAAAGGAGCUGUUCAAAAUAUGUAUGGUAUAUAUGGAUGGUUUUAAAUAAUGAUGGCUGGCAAACCAUCAUUAUUAGGGUAUUCAAGAGGCUUUUUAAAGGUCUUGCUUUGAAUUACCUGAAAACAAUUGGCAGCAAGUCCAUCUGUUCACUGUUUCAAUCUGAGGAGGAGGGCUAGGUUUGCGGAGGUUAGAAGGUUCAGUUGUUCACAUGUUCAUUGGGCUGGAGGGGGAAUUAAACAUUUGAUUUCUGACUGGCCCUUAAGGAAUCAGAGAUCUCUAUCAACCCUGAGUCGUCAUUCCCCAUGUGAGUGUAGGGCCAUAGUAAGUGGCUUAUACUCAUAUUAAAGGCUAAGUACACAUACACCAGUGCUUGUACACUGUCACUUUGACAUAUCUGAAGCUUCUCAGGUGAAAACACCUUCACAGUUAACAGAAGUGAAAACCUGCUUCCUAUUUUUCUUCUGAUAGGUAUUUUAAACCCGCAGCAGAUGAGAGCUACGAGUUAAGAUCAGGGACCUGAACUUCCAAAUGUUGCUGCUUUUGUCAAAUUGCCCCCAUCGCUUUUCAUUUUUCUUUAUGCUGACUGUGAGAGACACCAUUAGGUAAGGCAGGUUGUCUCUGGGUCUUGCAAGAAGAAACUGUUUUUCAACAAUCUAUAAAACGAAGUUUGCAUUAACAGUGAAUGGACUGUUUACAUUUUAAAAUAAGUUAUUAAGCCUUGGGGAAGUUAGUAUUUUUAAAACCCUUAAUUGUAGUUCUAUCUGGAUGUUUAAAUUGAUAGUAUUCAUUCUAGGAAGUGUACGUGCUAGGUCUGGCACUACUGGUUAUCUGGAAAUGUGAUCGGAGUAGAAUGAACUGUAAGGCAGAUACCAUUUGAAAUGUCUCAUUCAUCAGCCUCCCACACCUCAUCUGAGUUGUUUUAUAGUAUGUAAAUAUAGAGGUCUAUGUAAAAAGUAUUUAAAAUAUGCAAAAACAUGCAAUGUUAGAUAAACCUGUUGCCCUAACUUUUUUUGUUUUGUUACAGAGUUUCAAUUUGUAGCUUCAGAAGCCUUGUAGUGGAAAGUUGUUUUUAUUUGUUAACUUACAGACAUGAGCAUCCUAUAGAUAUUUAAGUUCUACAUUGUGCUUCUCACAUAACUCUCAUGUACAAACAGUUGGCUCUGGAAAAGCAGAGUAUGUGCUCUGAAGGGCAGUAUUUCCUCACAAGAAGUCGCACCCACUGGCUGCUUGAUCUGAACUGUUCAGAGUGCAAUUUGAAGAGCUCCCUGACAUUGAUCAGGUGAUUUUUCACAUUAUCUUAUAGCUUAAGAAUCUUCAGCGGAUCAAAAACUUCCUUCUUUGAACUCCCAACAUCUAGAAAAAUGACUUGGAAAGCUUCGCUUUUCUUUUCUUCCCUCUUUGCUGGUAGGUAAGCUGGUUUUCCACAUCUGUUCUGCCUGGGCAGGUUCCAGUGAUGCACACUUAGUGCACUUUGCCAGGAAUCCAGUCCUGAGUGUGAAAUACUCUUUGGGAAAUGGAAAUCUAUCAGUACCUUUGCAGAAAGCAAGGAGGAUGAGAAUUGAAAGUAACAUCUAGGUGUGCGUUUGUUGGCAGAGCCCCUGUUAAAUGGUCUUGUCUGUAUUGCACAGAUCAUUCCAUUCCUGGGUGUGGGAGUAAAGAGGUUUGUUUCACGAGCUGACUGUUGGUGAUUGCAGGAAGCAAUAGGUGUCAAGUCUAACUGUUACAGACAUGGAGAGCUUCUUGUAAAUUUGCAUUGAUCGUGUGGAGAAUAUGCUGUAUGUGUCCAGUUUCCAACCGGGCAUGUAGUCAUCCUUCUAUUGCAACUGUAUAUAGUUGUCAUAUGCAUGACGACAAAAGCUUUUUAAGCAGAUGUUAGCACUAGGAUCCAUUGGGAAGUCUUGCUGCUGCUUCCUAUGCUCCAUCCUUUCAUUUAAAUGCGUCGUCUUUUCCACUGUGUUGCAAAUAGAGUUGGUUAUUUUGAGUUACUCUUAUGGGACUGUUUAAAUUUUGGUCCAAGUUCUAAAAGUGAAUGUGAGCAAUGGGCUCCCAGAUUGUAACGCUGACAUAGAUUAUUUUCUGUAGCCUGUAAUAUAGCUGUAGUUGUUUAAUGUUGACUUGUGUUGUGGCUUUAAAACUGCUACAUGCUUUUGUUUUAAUGUUGUUGGUACAGAAAGCACUGGUACAAAUAGCUGCUGUACAGAUAGCUCCCUGAAAGCACUGCAAACCUCAAAAUACUGCAGUACUUCAUUUACCCAGAAGAGGGUAUUCUGCAGCUGGGCCUCACGGCCUGCCCAGAAGGAUUCUCCCUUGCCCUCUUACUGAUGAGUACUGAGGAAAAAUAAAGGCAAACAAUGAGUAGGUUAUUCUGGCAGUCUUCACACAGUGUAACCUUAUGUAAAAUGUGGAGAGUGAAUACUAACAAAAACUGUCAAGCACUCAAAAGUGGUUGUCAGGAGUUGAUUUUGAACACGCUGGCGUUACAGAAGCUUGGUCAGAUUCUGUAGCAUCCUUUGCUGUAGGCUCCCAGUCCUGUGAAAUGCAAACAGCAAACUGAAGGAGAGCCUUCCUGUGCAUGGCUUCCUGCCUGGCUCCAACCUCGUUUGUUUGUGUGCAAUGUUGAGAGGAGAGUGCAUGUGUGCAUUUCCAUAUGCACAGAACUUUUUGUCUUGGGCUUCGUUGGACUUCUUUAUUUAUGCAUUUCUCCACUUUGAGCUUUCUCUUUGAUGCUUUAUGCUGACUAACUUGUCAGCAAAGCACGUUGAAUGGUUUCACACAGCAGCCCACCUUGUUCAGUUGCCUCAAUCGCUGAUUUACUCAGAUAAUUCCUGGAAAAUAUUAGAAUGGGCACCUCAGGCGUAGCAUUCCUGUUCUCACAGUGCAGUUUUUGCUCUCUGCUGCUGGGGACGAGUGUCCACAUUUUCCACAGGUUCUCAGAACCAGGAGUUGAAGUUCUUGUUUCAGUUCCUUCUGCCUCUGCAUUACAUGCACUGAUGCUCACAGCUUUUUUUCAGUGUAUAUUAUCGUAUCUAACUGCUUAAAGCAAACCAACUUGAAGCACUGUACCUUAGCUGUAAACAGCAUAACAGUAUGAAUGUUACAGUACUUAGGAACGCUUUUUGGAAGAGCAGCACUGCAUCAUAGCUACUUAAUCUGUGGGUAGGAGUAGGACACGUAGGAACCUUCACAUGUUCUAGCUGAAAAUCCUUUUUUGUUCUGUAUUUCAUACUUAGCACUACUUGCAGUUUUCUUAAAAAAGAAGCAAGAUUGUACUCAGUAGGAGUAGAUCAGGAUAUCAGAUUUAGAAAGAGUAGCAGCAUCAGUGAUCCUGUUGAAUGUGAACCACUUACUUAAAAAUGCUCUGAUUUUUGCUCUGAGACACUAUAGCUGCACCUUGAACGCGGGGAAGAAACAACAGAGGGCAUUUAGCAAUUAGAUGUACUGAGAGAAUUUACAGGUUCUGUAUUGCAGCACUGUUUAGGCCACUGUUCUAAAGGCACUGCAGAGUGCUGAAUACCCAGUGCAGGUUUUGGGCAUCUCAGGGACAGACUUCAGCUGGAGUAAAGCCACAUGCCUCCAUUAAAACUAGUAAUGUUACACUGUCAUGCUUUAGCUGAGGAUCUGGCCUUUGCUGCUUGAAAGUAUGAAUGUAUGUAAAAUUUUACUUCUCAUUAAUACUACCCUGUUUACUGUGCUGUAAACUCUUAUUAUUGUAUAUAAUUGUUGCACUGCUUCAUUUGCCAGUUGUUUACAGGUUUCAGCAUAAAUCCUUUUCUCCUAGGGCUAAGUGGGAGCUCAUGUUGUGAGUUUGUUGCAUUCUGAGUCUUUGAAGUUUACAUCCCUCAGAAGCCAUUUUGUCACCUACCAAUGUUGUAAUCCUUGAGUACCUCCAGCCAUCUUCUCUUUAUAGGGUUUUUAUAGUUAAACAGAAUGGAUUUUUAUUUUUGUAGCUUGUAACUUCAACUGUAUAGUAGUUAUUCCUAUUUAGUAAUGAGUGGUCAGAAUACUGUACAAACGUGACUCUGAAAAGCUGUAACUAAUAAUAACUACUUACAAGAAAAUACCAGCAUGUUAAAAGUUUAAAAAAGAAAAGUUAUUCUUUAGCUUGGAACUACUGUGACUUGGAAUUUGUAUUGGAUGUGUGUGCAUAUUCUGAAGUUGCUUUAAAUAAGGAAAGAAAAAAAAAAACACAAAAAAACACUGAGCUUAGCAUGCAAAUAAUAGACCAAAAGGGGAAAUUGUAAACAGUUUUAUCAACCAAGAAAGACAUUUAGGACUGGGUGGGUUUUAUGUUUCUCUUACAGAGCACUGAAACAGGAAUGGUCAUGAAACAGUUGUUUCCUUAUGGUGCAGUUUAAGUGUCCAACCUCAACAAAAGCCAUCUGCACCACUCUCUCUGCAUUCCCAGGAACAGAUCUCAGAGCAGAGCUGGAUGCUCGUUGCUGUCAGCUGCGUGAGGUCUUACAGCAUAACACUGAACCUCCAAUGCAGAUUCUGAAGGCGAGUGGUUAUGUGGUUCUUGACUUGGCAAUGCUCUUAAAUGCCACAUUCUCCUUUGGUGUUCGGAAGGGGGGGUAAGGAGUGGGACUGCAGCCCUCACUGCCAGCAGCUGGGCCGUCCCCACUGUGAAUCUGGAGCUUUCCAUGCAGCUCUGCUUUGUUUGCGAUUCUCGCCUGGCUUAAUCCAAUGUUUCUGAAGCAGGUGAUGCUGGCACUGACCUGUGGGCUAGUGCCGCGUUCACUCCAGUCAUAAUAAGGGUAAUAAUGUGUUAUUUGCCCGGGUGAGGUUCUGCCUAUAAAAGCUGCACCUCGUGCAGUCACAGCACGCUGUCAGGGCUGAACCCCGCCCAACAGAAGUGAAACUGAAACCCUGGUAGUCAGUGGCACUGCAGCCUGUUGUGGCUGAGCUCCCCAAAGCUCUUUGGAGGAAGGCUGGCGCCGUGCUCCUCACAGAGCCUUGCAAGUGCAGGUUUUGCAAGGGCUGGCUGCUCCUGAGCGUCCUGACGAGCUGUUGUGUUGUCCUGUUGUUCGUGCUGUAUUUAUCUCUGGUCUAAAGCGUGUGGAUUAAAGUAUUUAAACUCA